UUCGUAAGCUUAUCAAAGCUUAUCACCAGCCACUUACAAGGGGAUCAAUACAACAAACUAGGAAGAUUUUACAAACAAACCAACAAACGUGUCGUAUGCAGUGAAGAGUACUCCAAAAAUUCAACUGGUGACUGGGCAAGUUUGUUGCUCUUGGCACUUGAGAUCCACUUGCAUUUCCCGCUCUCCAUCUUAUAUAAUCACAAUGCUUGGUCGUCUGAGAUUUGGACAACGGCUGCACCUCCUCAUGGCCCGCUCCGCCCACACAGAGCGCAAAGUGCAAGUGCCGGGAACCGGCGUUGACUUGCAUAUUGUGGAAAGUGGCAACGGACCACGCAGUCUGUUGCUAAUGCCCGGUGCUUUGGGCUCAGCCUGGACCGACUUUAGGCCACAAAUCGAACAGCUGCCCAAACUAUUGCCCGAACACACAAUCAUAGCCUGGGAUCCACCGGGCUAUGGCAAAUCUGUGCCGCCUAAGCGUGAAUUUGGUUUGGAAUUCUUUCGUAAUGAUGCCCAGGCGGCUGUUGACUUGAUGAAAGCACUCAAUCGUCCCAAAUUCUCGAUACUUGGUUGGAGUGAUGGCGGAAUUACAGCUCUCAUAGUAGCUGGACGCCAUCCUGAGGCUGUGGAGAAGUUGGCCAUUUGGGGAGCAGGCGCAUAUUUGAAUGCCGUCGAAGUGAAGGCUCUCAAGAAUAUUCGCGAUGUAGCCAAGUGGUCACCACGUAUGCGAGAGCCCAUGGAAAAGGUAUAUGGCGUAGAACGUUUCGCCCAGCUAUGGGCGGAAUGGGUAGACGCUGCCACUGCAUUUUAUGAUCAACGAGCAGGAGACUUUUGUCGCUCCGAAGUCGAACAGGUGAAGGCGCCCACGUUUAUUCUACAUGGCAAGAAGGAUCCCAUGAUAGCUGCCGAACAUAUUCCAUGGCUGAGAGAGCGUCUAACUCGGGCAAGAUAUCACGAAUUCCCCGAGGGCAAACACAAUAUACAUUUGCGUUAUGCCGAGGAGUUUAAUAAACUGGUGGCUGACUUUUUCAAUGAUAAGGCUAAAUGAAUCUAACAGGAACACAAUCAUAGUUUACGAUAUAAAUAUUAAAUUUAUUACUUCAUAAUCAUUUUA